AUGGCUUUCUCGAAGCGCGUUGAAUUCCGAACGGUGGAUGGGGUGACUCUAAGAGGCGAUUUGUAUAUGCCAAAUAAUACAGCCAAUAACGCCCCUAUUGUGGUCAUGACACAAGGAUUAACGUUGCUGAAAGAACACUAUUUACCCGACUUUGCUGUUCGCUUUCAAGCUGCUGGCUAUGCUGUGCUUAUCUAUGACCACCGGGGAUGGGGCUCUAGCGAAGGAGAACCACGAAACGCCGUAAAUCCAAUGCAGCAAGCAGAGGAUUACCAUGACGCAGUAAUUUUUGCCCGAAGUGUUCCAGGGAUAGAUGGUAACCGAAUUGCCAUGUGGGGAAUAGGGCGUUCUGGUGGCGCCGCAAUGAUAUCUGCAGGUAACGACGAUUAUAUCAAAGCUGUUGUGCUAGUCAUGCCUUUGCCAUCGGGAUCACGAGACGCAACAAGCUUUCCUCCAGGGUUGAUUGAACAGAUCAAGGUGGAACGUCUUGCAAGAGCGUCCGGCGAACGUGGACAGGUUAUCUUACAUUCUCCUCCUGCGUUUGAGUUCAUCUCUGGAGGUAAACAACGUUCUGAUGUCGCAGGCACUCCUUGGGAAAACAAGAUAACAUUGCGGAGUUUGUACGAUAUUAGCAAAGUUGAACCCCAAGAUUUCAUCCGCAGGAUCAGCCCGCGACCAUUGCUAUACUUAGCCGCCGUGGAAGACGUGUUGACCGCACCCCUUGAAUCGCAUAAGAGGGUAUUUGAGCAAGCAGGGGAACCAAAGCAGUUUGUCACGCUAAAUAACCACCACGUCGCCAACUAUUUCGGCGCCAGUUUUGAGAAGAAUAUCACAGCACAGAUUCAGUUUCUGAAUAACUAUCUAUAG